AUGGCGAGCAACAUUCCUCUUUCCAACCUUAGUACCCGCAAAUUCGGGACUCCUUGUCAUAUCCUAGACCUUCCAUACGACGUAUACGUCGAGAUCUUCUCACACCUCUCAUGGAAGACCCACGUCGUGUGCAUGGAUGUGUGCACUUUCUGGCGGCAGAUCCUGUUGACACCACACGCUAAAGCGAAGCGGUUUAGCACCGAUAGCAAUCCACGAGUACAUCAGAUGUUCAAAUCAGUAUUUCUUCGCCAUACAUCUAUCCUUCAGAUCACACACCGCAAUCAAGAAAUUGUUUCAGUGCAAUUUAAGAGAUCGAUGGACGAUUAUGACGACAGUCAUUAUGAGAAAGAGGAUAAAGUUCUUUGGGGGUUGGAACUCUGGGAGCCCAGGCAUCCGAUUCUAGACGACUACCUAUUUUCUCAAGGGGAUCCGGAUGAUGUUACAAAGGAAGCGAUUGAAUUUUAUCGACCCUUAAUUUCAGGCAUCAAAUUAAUUGUCUUGCGGGAAAGGAGACAUUUCAGCGUGGGGAUAUCGAUGACCAGAUGGAUGCUAGAUAAUACGCCGAAGAAACUGAGAGAAGUUACGUUGAGGGGGGUGAUCAGACUUCUAGCAAAUCAUGUUUAUAAGAUACCAGGCCUCCAGGAAUGCUCGGAUUCCAAAUUUGAGCUGUUACCGAACGGAGUCGAUGACUUGUCCCUAUUGACGGUGCGGGGCAGGCUCUGGCUCCGAGACUAG